UAACCCUUUCUCUUCAUUUUAGAAAUGAAAAAAUUGGCACCCAAAGGAGUUAAAUCACUUACCCAAGUUCAUAUGCAUUAUGUAGAUUUUAACUGAGGCUCUCUGACUCCAAGCCCCAAAUCUGGAAUGCUGCCUUUUUGAAGAGAAGAUUGUUAAGCAAUCCUUGAUUGAACUAGAUGACUUCUGAGAAUCUCUCUCCAGUUUGGGGAUGCUUUCAUUCCAAGUCACCAAAUCUCUCUGAGCCUCAGUUUCCUUCUCUUUAAAAUGAAGCUAUUGAAUUAAAUAGACAAUUUCUAGAUGGACAAUCAACGGGUUAAUUCAAACACUCUCAUUCUAAAGUCUUCUCUGAAUCUCAUCCAGGAAUACCUUUGGUUCCAGAAGGCUUUAGUAUCCAAAUGCAAAUAAUUAUGGGAAAAGGAAGGGUAGAGAGAUGGGAGUCUUACCUUAAACUAUUCUUAGGCAAAACCUCGAAGGGGGAGAGUAUGAAGUUGAUUUAUCCACUCAAUAAAUCUAAUCCAAUAAACAUUUGUUAAGCAGCUAUUAUAUUCUGAGACUGGGAUAGAGACCAGACCUAUGAUUUUAUUGGUUGAGGGAACUCACUGGGAAGAUGUCUCCCUCCACCAAACCAGACCUACACCAAAGUCAUUUAAAGUCUUAGUGAGUUGCCUAGAGCAUUGAGAGAUUAAAUGAUUUAGCAGUUGUCCCACAAUACCAGUUAUGUGGGGGAGUCUUCCUGUCUCCAGUGUUGGUUCUGUAUGCAUUCUGUCUCGAAGCCUCUUCUAGAGAUAAAAAAAAAAAAUGAAAAACAAUAUGAACAAGACCCUCAAGAGGCUUACAAUCUGCUAGGGGAGAUAUAAACAGAAACAUGAUGCCUGCUCGAGAAAGGCCGUGCGCCUGCGGCCAUGGUCCCCAUGAGGACCAGGGCAAGUGGAAUGGGGUCCGUUCCUAUCUGCACCUCUUCUAUGAGGACUGUGGAGGAGCAGCCCACCCUGAGGAGGUCGAGGACCCCACUCCAAAUAACCAGGAUACCUGUGAUUGGUCGUCCUCCUUCUGGAAGGGAGUCGUAUCUUUAUCCCUCCUCUUGCUGCUUCUGGGAGCUGCUGCCCUGACCACGGGCUAUGCUGUACCACCUAAGUUGGAGGGCAUUGGAGCAGGAGAGUUUCUGGUUCUGGACCAGCGAGCAGCUCAGUACAACAAGGCUCUAGGCACUUGCCGCCUAGCUGGUAGUGCUCUCUGUGCUGUUGCCGCGAUCCUGCUGAGUACUUGCAUGCUCUUGGUCUUGUUGACCCGACUCAAGCCAGAACCAAAGGCAGAGCCUGUGGACAGGGAGGAUGAAGAAGCACAGCAGCGGGCACCCAUCUUAUGUCAGAGGCCCCAGAACUGCUUGGAAUCUGGAUCUCAUGAACUCACUCUGCCACUGAAGAACUGUGUGAUCUUAGAGGAGGAACCUGAAGAUCAGGCUGAGGAAGAGACUUUCCUAUCUCAAAGAGAGUCGGUGGCAGAAGUGGAAAACAGACCCAGAUCACCCGAUUCCCACUCCAGUGCUAUUUCCAACGAACUAGCUCCGAGGGGUGGGGAACUGGGCUUUCUGGAUGGAGACAUGAGUGUAUCCCUGGAAGAAAUUGAUGUCUCCAUGCUCUGUCCGCCCAAGCCAACUUCUCACGUAUCCCCAUCCUGGGUCCAACAGCAAGAGGUAUCCUUUCUCCCAUCACCACCAGGGGGCAACCUGUGCCCAGGACUGGCAUAGGGAGGGAGUUGGAGUUCAUCCUGCUUAUCUGAAAAGCUACCUGGCAACCAAGGUCUCAGCUCCACUGGUGUAUGGGGUCACUAGCCUAACCCUGCUUUUGCCUGACCCCCCCAGCCCUCUCUGUUCCCUUCUUCCCCUGUUUUCUCCCUAAAUAAAAAGCCAGGAUGGAUCUUAA